GAAUGAUAAUUAAAGUAAAACGCAAAAAUCAAAAAUCUAAAAUUAUUAUAUUUAUUAGCAUUUAUUAAAAGAAAGUUAAUUUAUUAGUAAUCAAUCAAUUAUAAUUUAUUUAAAAUGGAAUUACGCAGUAGUUCUCGAAGACGAAAUGAAUACAAAGAAUUACAAAUAACCUUAAAUGGUAUGGGUUUCUAUGAAGAGGGCAUGGAGUUGCAAGAAAUGCGCCAGAUACUGGAUGCCUUGCAAAUGUCUGUAACAGAGGGAGAAACAAAUUUUCUUGAUUGUGAUAUGGAACAGGCCAUAAGAGAAAGUGAAUUGGAUUUUUUACCCACUCAAGAUGGCCGAGUUCUUAAUUCCACAAUGAUGAGUAUUCAUCCAAAUAUAUCGCCCUGUAGUAGUCCAGAAAUACCCUCGGAAAGAAUUUUAGUACAUGCUGAGGUUCAUCAUGCUAUGGAUUGGAGUCCUCCUAAUGAACGUUUGCCGCGCAAACGUUUUGCUACGCCAAAUAAAGUUUUAAAUAAUGAAAAUCUACCACCAGAAUUAGAACUUAUUAAUGAGUUAUUAGAACCAGAUGCUAAACGUUGCCACAAUACGCAUAAUCCCAUGGAAAAUAAUAAAAAUCAACAGCAGGAAGCUAAUAUUUCGAUUAAUGCCAAUCAUACUGCAGUUGAUUUUAACAAUAAUUUGGAAAAUAGUUUACAAGAGUCUAAUAGCAGUUUACAUGAAAUACGCGGUCCAAUUUCAGUGCGUAGAAUUCAUGAUUCCGGUUUUAACAUGAGCAGCGAAAUGCAACAUUCUUCAUUUGAUAAUACCAACAGCAGCGCUAAUAAUCAUUCGUCUUCUUUAGAUUUGAAUAAUCUAGAAAAUUCUGUUCCUGAACCAAAUAAUAUUUCUCACGAUAUACGUGGUCCUAUCUCUGUACGUAGAAUUCACGAUUCUGGUGUUAAUAUAAGCAGUGAUAUGCCAAAUACUUCAUUCAAUAAUUUAAAUGUAUUUUCGAAUUCUACUCAUUCUUUUGAAAAUUCUGAACAAAUCUCAACCAGCGGUGCUGUUAAUCCAUAUGAUUUUGAUGAUGAUGAUGAUUCCGAACCCUCAAAUUAA